CGACGUAACAAUUAUUUUUACUGUAGCCGGAUAUUUAAUUAAGGUUGUGCCGUUCGCCUCAAUGUCAAACACAGUUAAAAUUCUCAGUCGAACAGUCGCCCAAAUCAUAUUCAGCCGUAACAAACAGCAGCUGCGCAUUAUGUCAGGUGUGCCAGAUGCCGGCGGCGCCGCCGCUGUCGUGGCCGUUGGCCAGAUGCGUGCGACCAAUGACAAGGCGUGCAAUUUGCGUCAAGUGGAGGAGCUGGUGGCACGUGCCGCCGCCUCAAAGGCCAAGAUGCUAUUUCUGCCCGAGUGCUGUGAUUUUGUGGGCGAGAAUCGCGGCGAGACGCUGCAGCUGGCGGAGCCCCUCACUGGGCAGCUGAUGCGCAAGUAUCAGGAGCUGGCCAAAUGCCAUCAGAUGUGGCUGUCGCUGGGCGGCGUGCACGAGCUGAAGACGGGCUCCGAUGCGGAAAACGCGAGAAUAUACAAUGCCCAUGUUCUGGUCAAUGAUCGGGGCGAAUUGGCGGCCGUCUAUCGCAAGCUGCAUCUGUUCGAUGCGACCACCAAGGAUAUACGUUUGCGUGAAUCGGAUACGGUGGCGCCGGGUGAACGGCUGGAGAAGCCCGUGGCGACGCCCGCCGGCCAGGUGGGCCUGCAGAUCUGCUAUGAUCUGCGCUUUGCGGAGCCGGCGCUGCUGCUGCGCAAACAAGGCGCCCAGCUGUUGACCUAUCCGGCAGCCUUUACCUAUGCCACGGGCAAGGCACACUGGGAGAUUCUGCUGCGGGCGCGCGCCAUCGAGACGCAGUGCUUUGUGGUGGCCGCCGCCCAGCAGGGCUGGCACAACAAGAAGCGUCAGAGCUGGGGCCACAGCAUGAUCAUCGGUCCCUGGGGCAAUGUGCUGGCCGAUUGCGGCGGCGACCAGGAGCUGGCCGUGGCCAUAGCCGAGCUGGAACUGUGCCAGCUGGAGAAGCUCUAUCAGAGCAUGCCCUGCUUCGAGCAUCGACGCAACGACAUCUACAGCCUGACGGGCUUCAAGCUGAGCGCUCCGGACUACAAGCUGUGUGCGCCGAGCACACAGGCUGGACAGGAUCGACCCUUUGCGGCAAACAUCGUGGACAAGCGCACCAUAUUCUUCGAGUCCGAGCACUGUUAUGCCUUCACCAAUCUGCGCUGCGUCGUCGAGGGCCACGUCCUCGUCUCCACGAAGCGUGUGACGCCGCGCCUCAAUGGACUCAACUGUGCCGAGAUCACAGACCUGUUUGCCACCGUGUGCAUGGUGCAGCGCAUGCUGGAGCACAUCUACGGCACCACUUCCGCCACGGUCACCGUCCAGGAUGGCGCCAAUGCCGGCCAGACGGUCCCGCACGUUCACUUCCAUGUCAUGCCGCGACGCAAUGGCGACUUCGGGCACAACGAUCAGAUCUACGUGAAGCUGGACGAUCGCGCCGAGAAUCUGCCGCCGCGCACGCUCCAGGAACGCAUUGACGAGGCACAAAAGUACCGCGACUAUCUACACGCCAGCGCCAGUUAACCAGCUGCAGCCGAUCCCCAAAACCAAUCGGUGUCCUUGUGCUUGUCAUUAAAGUACGGUUUUU